CUAGCCCCCCGACACAUAAACUAYUGCAGCAUAAAUACUGGAGGCUGAUUAACAGCUAUCUGUAAACAAUUUACAACCCAUCAACAGGUCAAAUCCUAAUGAAAUGGCUUCUAUUGAUCCCAGUGUGUCUGUUUCCACCCUGUUAGAGAACGGUGAGUGGGCCAUAAAGCCCCGGCCAGCCAGGAAGCUGAUCAACUCACGCUACACUCCUGAUGACCUGGAGUACCAGGAGAUYUCCUUCAACCUGGUCAUCCAGAGAAAACCUCUAUUCUACAUCAUCAUCCUGCCCUGCUCACUCAUCUCCUCCCUGGUCGUCCUGGCCUACUUCUUACCUGCACAGGCUGGGGGACAGAAGUUGACUGUGUCCAUCUCUGUCCUGCUGGCUCAGACUGUCUUCCUAUUUCUUAUUGCUCAGAAGGUCCCUGAGACAUCGCUCAAUGUCCCACUCAUUGGCAAGUGAGUUAGAAUGUACCUGGGUGUGUUUGUAUGAUGAUUCUGUGUGAGAGACUCCAUAUAAUAGUCACUGCAUUCCUUUCUCAACUUCAAAUUUGUGCCCUCUAAUGGGAUUCUUCUUCAGUCUCUUUCUUACUGCCUUCCUCCAUACAUUUCUGUUACUCCAUAAGAGAGCCAAAUCCCCUCUCCAUCAACAUCGGUCUGUUCUUCUCUUCCAGGUACCUGAUCUUUGUCAUGUCUGUGACCACGCUCAUCGCCACCAACCAAAUCGUGGUGCUCAACAUCUCCCUCCGCAGUCCCAAAACCCACACCAUCAAGCAGGUAUGUAUACAUUGAAAAGCAAAAUGAUUUGUUUAACCACAAAUGGGUGCUAAGUGGCCUUAAAAAAAUCCAGGUCCAGUACUUGUGUGGGUUUGAAAGUUAAAUACUYUAUUGCAUAGGCCAAGUCAUGACUAAAAUAUAGUGCAUUCUGAAAGUAUUCAGACCCCAUAACUUUUUCCACAUUAUACAUUUAUGGAUU